AUGUUGUAAAUAAGCUUUUUCGUAAACCUUUUAAAAAUUUUCAUUAAUUUCAAACUAACAACUCUAACUUAGUUAUCAUGUAGAUCAAAGUUAUGAUUUAUACAGAUUUUUUAAGAUCUAGUUUUCAAAACCUGGUUUUUUUGCAGAUCAUCCUCGCUGGAACUCACAUAUUCAUUGGCUCUUUCGGAUACCUGGACUUCAAUUGUAAUUGCACUUUCAUUGUUCUGGAAUAGUUAUAAGCCAGUUGUUCUUCAAUGGUAUCACAAAACUUAUUGUUUUCCAUUGACACUUGAGGUAAAUCAAAAAUCUGUUCCACUGGUUUUCCAACGCGCCGUGCAAAAAAGGCGGAGCUUUUCCUGGUUUUUGAAACUUUGUUGCUCUUUUCGAACUCUUUGAAGCGUAUCAUUUUCAUUCCGCAACAAAUAUAAAACAAUACAAUUUUCCAGCAUUUGAGCUAUACAUAAAUUAAUGAUGAUCUCAUUUUUCAUUGGUUAAAAAACUCAUAAUCCGCGCACUUUUUUCGAACUUUUUUGCUCGCGUGAUAUUUUCACCUGUCUGUGAGAAAAUAGAGAGAACAAAUUGAGUUGAACGAAGGGAAUUGAUAAAAGAGCAAGUUCUUAUACUUUUUAGAAUAGGCUGAAAACGGAAAUGAAAAGGGAAAAAGGUAGACAAAAUCUCAAUCAAUUUCUUUUUCCAGGCAUUCCGAACCGGUGGUCUCCUAACUGGAAUCUUCCACCUCGUUGCUCUCGCCUUUUCCCACUAUCUUCAAAUCGGUCGCCCUUUCGAUCACAAUCAAGUUCUACCACUUCGAACAAUCCAUAUUAUUAUUUGCCUGAUGUGGGCAACUCCUCCACUCGGAUUAAUGGCAUAUUUCAGCAGUUGGGAGGGACAAGGAUACAGGUUCGAGAUUCAUUGAAUAUUAGGUGAAAUUAUUUGGAAUAUUUUCAGAAACGAAUCAUGUUUGGGAAUUCAAUUCUACGAAAACUUCUAUUUUCGCACCAAUAUUUCAUUGAUUAUUAUUGUUCUGAUUGCAGCCACAACUUUGUUUUAUGUUCGAAUGCUUCAGAAAAUCAAUGAGGUGAGCUUUGAGUUCAACUUUAUAAUUACAAUGUCUAAAUUCAGGUUCGCAAUAAAACCACAGCCACCGCUUCUGCUCGUGGAAAACGCACAGUUGUGACUGCUGUCCUUAUUUUUGGAACAUUUUUGUUUGGCUGGAUGCCAGCUAGUAUUCUCUAUAUUUUGACAGCCGAAGGAAUGCCGUUGUAUGGCAAAAAAUCGAUUUGGAUUACUGUUUUGUCGAUUGUUGUGAUGGUUAAUAUUAUGGUCAAAACAUUGACGAAUCCUAUUAUUUAUGCAACAAGGUUUGUACAUAUUUUUAGUUUUUAUUUUUUAAAUUAUUUUUCGAGUCUUUUGAACCAAGUUUUUUCUAAUAAAAAUUCACUGUUUCAAAAAUGCAACAUAUUUUUAAAUUUCGGUAAUAACUUUGAACAUGGAAAAAAAGUUAGAAACUGUUGAAAAAAUUGAAAAAUCAGAGCCUCUGAAGUUCUGAAAAAACACAUUGAAAUAAUUUUGAGGAUGCCUAGACUGUAGUUAAUAAUUUUUAAUUUUUUUUUAAUUUUUAUGUUUUUAUUCAUUUUUUUUUAAAUUUCCAAAUCCCAUCCCAUUUUUCAUUUCAGGAUCCCGGAAAUUCGUCAAUUCGUAGUUCAAAAACUGUUGUGGAAAAUCAUCCCGCUGCGCGAAGUUUCUCGAAGACAAAGCGAAGUCUGCACGCCCCUUCGAGAACGAUCUCAAUGUAUGAACACAAAUUCAAUGAUGGUUUGA